GCUAAAAAUAUCAAAUAGCAUCAAAAGUUGGCUCAUCAAUCAAAACUUGGCACUUAUCAACAGUUUAUACAUUGCAAUCCAUGCACGGAUCAUGGGUUCGGCUGCAUUGUGUUCAUACCUUCACUUCAAGUCGGGCGUUUGGUAUAAAAACAGACGGACAACGUGGUGGUGAGAGCAAGGCUGCCGUUGACCACUUCGGAGUGCAGACGUGUACUUGACUUUCUCUCAAAAAUGUUUUCUACCACGCUCUCAAUUUUGGCAAUUGCUUGGCUGGCAGUAGUGCGGGGUCAAUGGGAACCAAACUUCGCCCCUGGCCGCACCACCGUCGUUCAUCUCUUCGAGUGGAAAUGGAACAACAUUGCGGACGAGUGUGAGCGAUUUCUUGGACCGAUGGGCUACGGUGGAGUUCAGGUUUCUCCACCCAAUGAGAAUGCAGUCAUCAGCGAGCCCUACCGCCCUUGGUGGGAGAGGUACCAACCAGUUUCGUACAAGCUGGAGACGCGCUCUGGCACGGAGGCCGAGUUCGCGUCCAUGGUCAGAAGGUGCAAUACGGCGGGUGUUCGAAUCUACGUCGACGCUGUGGUGAAUCACAUGACGGGAGGCGGGUCAUCCGGGACAGGGACAGGGGGCAGUUCUUACAAUGGGGGGACGAAGGACUACCCAGGCGUCCCAUUCGGGCCCAACGACUUCAACAGCUAUCCCAACGAGUGCCCAAACCCGUCAGGAUCCAUUGGCGACUACAAUAACCCGAUCGAGGUCCGAAAUUGCGAGCUUGUUGGUCUUCGAGACUUGAAACUGGGGACAGACUACGUUCGAGGGAUGCUUGUGGCCUAUCUCAACAAACUCAUUGGUUACGGUGUAGCUGGUUUCAGGGUGGACGCGAGCAAGCACAUGUGGCCAGGCGACAUGGAGGCCGUUUUGUCGCAACUAAGCAACCUUUCCACGGACCACGGCUUCCCUCCAAACUCGAGAGCAUUCCUCUUCCAAGAGGUCAUCGACUUGGGUGGUGAGCCCAUCAAGGGCGACGAAUACUUUGGCAUGGGGCGAGUCACAGAAUUCAAGUACGGGAAAUUCCUGGGGGAAACCUUCCGCGGAUUUGGUCAACUAAAAAAUCUCGUCAAUUGGGGCGAGGGGUGGGGAAUGUAUCCCAAUAACAACGCCCUGGUCUUCGUCGACAACCACGACAACCAGCGAGGUCAUGGAGCUGGCGGAGAGAACAUUCUGACCUAUCGCGUGGCUCGUCUCUACAAAAUGGCCGUCGCCUUCAUGCUCGCCCAUCCCUAUGGCGUCACCAGAGUCAUGUCGUCCUACGACUGGACACCCUACGAGAACGACUGGACGGGUCCACCCAACACGAACGGAAAUAUUGACGACGUUCCAAUCAAUGACGACUUGUCCUGCGGUGGUGACUGGGUGUGCGAACACAGGUGGAGGCAGAUUUACAAUAUGGUGAAAUUCCGAAAUGUGGUUUCUGGGACCACGCUCAACAACUGGGUGGACAACGGGAACAAUCAGAUCGCUUUUUGUCGUGGGGACAAGGGCUUCAUUGCGAUUAACAACGACAGCUCGCCCCUCAUUCUCAGCCUUCAGACUUGUCUCCCUGCUGGUCAAUACUGUGACGUCAUUUCGGGGAAUGUGGAGGGUGGUCAGUGCACUGGGAAGACGAUCACUGUGGGAAACGAUGGGAUGGCGAGUAUCAGCAUCAACAACAGUGACGAAGAUCCCAUGGUGGCGAUUCACGCAGAGUCCAAGCUUUGAAGACGUGAAUGGGUGUACCGGCACAAAAAUAAGAAAACCUUGUUAACCUGACAUGUUCACGUGUAAAAGAUUUACUAAUUUAUGAUCUCGAGUAAAGUUGUUCGCCCUCUUUACUUAUUUGGCCUUAAUAAAUUGUUGUCUUAUUUAUCA